AUGCUUUCAGGGGACAUACCUCCAAAUCAAACCAUUCACAUUAAGAAUCUCAAUGAAAAGGUCAAGAAAGAUGAGUUGAAGAUAUCUCUGUACUGUUUAUUCUCUCAAUAUGGAAGGAUUUUGGAUAUUAUUGCUCUAAAGACACCUAAGCUUCGAGGACAGACAUGGGUUUGUUUUAGUGAAGUAACUGCUGCCAGUAACACAGUGCGACAGAUGCAAAAUUUCCCAUUUUAUGAAAAACCCAUGAGAAUUCAAUAUGCAAAAACAAAGUCAGAUUGUAUUGCUAAAGAAGAGGGAAGUUUUGUUCCAAGGGAAAAGAAAAAGAAACAAGAGGAGAAAGCUGAGAAAAAGAGGUACACUGAGGAACCAAAACCAUCUUCUAUGCCAAAUGGAACACACGGUGCAAGUAAUGGUGGUCCGACACCCUCAUUCCGUCCAGGGUCUAAUUCCCAAGAAGCAGCUGCUCAUAACAAUAUUUUGUUCAUAGAGAACUUACCUUACGAAACUACCGGUAGAAUGCUUGAAAUGCUUUUCGAACAAUACCCCGGGUUUAAAGAAGUGCGCUUGAUUGAUGCAAAGCCAGGUAUCGCAUUCGUAUAUUUUGAAGAUGACAUACAAUCAUCCAUGGCAAUGCAGGCUCUUCAAGGCUUCAAAAUCACACCUCAAAUCCUCACAACCGCAACAACAACCACGGUAUGCCACUUCCGCUCAGAUCCGCUAAUCCUCACCGCCACGGCCUUCUCUCCAACUCGCGAGGACCGCCCAUCAACAACAACAGACUCCAUCGCCGCCACGAUCCCAGAUCGGCGCCACACCGUUCGUUUCACGAUGCCAUCAUUAUCAUCAUCAUCAUCACCGCUAGGUAUGGGAGAGCACCAUUAG